AUGAGCUUAACUUGUACAUUACCUUUUUAUACACUGGGCAUGAAAAUCAAUUUAUUUUAUCUUAACUUAUUUAUAACAGGUACAACGAUUGCCAACUGUGAUCAAGAUAUCUUCAAGUUGAAGGGAAACUGUUAUUAUGAGACAAAACUUGCUGGAUUUGAAGUAUGCAACUUUACCAAUGUCUACUGGUCAAGAUCAACCAAAGUUGAAGAGGGGAGUCCAACUGAAAAGGCACACUUUUCAGAAAUGCUUAGCUCAACUCAUCGGGGGAAUGUUGUAUUUGUUAUAAACAUGGCCCUCCAUGUGGAUCUCAAAACUAGCGUUGUACAAACCUUCAUCAAGACAAUAUUAACACAUGUACAACAUACAUACACAGACAGGAAGUUCUAUAUGUUUUAUUUCCCACCCUACAUCCCUGGAUUACUAAAACCUCAGAAACAUGUAACCCAACAGGCAGGUCCAACAUUGGAAUUUACGAAUAUAAUGAAAAAGUUUGUGAUGGAUAAUAACAUAAAGUUGACGUUUUUGAAUCCCCAAAUGCUGAUGAAAGAUGCAAUUAGUUAUGAUGGGACACAUUACACACAGGGACUGAAUGAGGCCAUGUUUCAAAUUAUCAUGAAUUAUCUGAACUACUCACAAAUGUGAUACUAUAUUUGAAUAUAGU